AUGACCGGAAAACGGAAGAGAGAGACUGCCAUUGUCUCUCGGUCUACCAAAACCAAAGAGACAAGCCCUCCACCUGCGAGCGACGCCCAGGACAUUUUCCGCAAAUAUUUCGAGGCGCAAUUCGAACCAAUCGAAGACGACGUACCUUCCAAGCGCGAUGCUGAGGAAUCAGACUCUGGUGACGAGGACAACUUUGAAGAUGACGACGAUAUUUCGGAGCCAGACUCUGAUUGGGAUGGGCUCUCUGGGGAGAGCGACGAAGAACACGUGGUGGAGGUUGUUGAACACAAGGAUGCCAGUCUCGGAGCAAAGGACUUGAUGGACAAGAAAGCGCGCAAGGCAUUCAUGAGUGCGAAACCCCCAUCUUCCGCGGAUGAGAAGAAGAAGACUACCAAGGCAACGAAGAAGGAUGACUCGGAUGACGACGCCAAUGAUGCCCAAAAUCUGAAACACGACCUUGAUUUGCAACGACUACUUCGAGAAUCGCAUCUCCUCGACUCAGCCUCAGAACUCGCGCCGACCGGCAAGAACCGACUGAAGGCUUUGGAUCUACGCAUGCAAGACCUCGGAGCCAAGGAAUCGCUCUACAAACAGAAGAACAUGCCCGAUGCCUUCCGACAAGGUAUCAAAGCGAAAGCUAUUUCAAGGGAUGAGAAGCGACGACGGGAGGCGAAGGAGAAUGGCAUCAUUCUUGAGAAACCCUCCAAGAUCGCCAAGACAGACAACAAGCGAAGAGAGCGUGGCAUUGGAGGAUCUUCUAUCGGCAAAUUCUCCGGAGGUACAUUAAAUCUGAGCAAGGAAGAUUUACAUUCUAUGCAAAGUUCUCGGGGGCGCAGUAGCCGCGGUGGUCGCGGUGGGCGUGGUGGACGUGGUGGGCGUGGUGGGCGUGGUGGAAGAGGCGGGAAGGCCACAAGAGGUCGCUUCUGA